AUGUGGUACCCACCUCCCGCCUUGGUACCGUUUUACUUUGAGCCAAACUCGCGCAGCUCUUCAAACGUGUAUACCACCAUGAUGUGGCAAAUGAUACAAUUUGACCAACAAGUGUGCCUUGCUAUGAACGAGGUGGUCGGCGAUCUGGGUCAUUCCUUGUCUGUCGAUGAUGGAAGACAAUUCCUACUAAAUAAAUCUGUGUUUGAUCUUGUUGGAGUCAGUCAUUUUCUGGAGUUAAGUGAUCCAAAGUUGCUUAGUUGGUAUCUCUCCUUACCAGUAGAAGAUAGGCAACUGAUAGAAGAACAAGGGGGGUUUCUUCACUUUCUACAGAGACAUCCUGCUCUUGAAGUGUCUAGCCAUAUUGUUCGUUUGAAACAACAGAUUGUAGGAAACUGCCUUCCCCUUCCAGGAACAGAUAUGUCAUCAAAGCUGAACAUGUCACGUCAGCCAAUGUUUUAUGGUGUGCUUCACUGUCUGAACUGUGGUACUAGUUGUCCAUCUGGUGCUAAAAAAUGCAGACAGUGUAACAAGCUCAUCUUAAACCCAGAGGAAAGUGUUGGCAUAUUGGAAGAGGAAAAAACACUCAGGUUGCUCCCAAACAAUGUGAGAGAGGAAUUAAAUCUGCUAAAAGCCAGAAAACAAGAAGUGUUUUCUGUGAGGAACCCUGAGCAGUUGGGUUUUGAUCAGAGCACCUCAAAUGAAUCACCCAGCCAGAUCACCUCUGCAAAUGGAUCCCAGCAUGCCUUUGAUGGCAGCUAUGCAGCCCAGGCCUGUCCAGACCAGCAGGAAUUACAUACCACAAAAGCCCAGCUCCUAUCUAGGAUGUGGGAGGGAGGAGUGUGGUGUGGCGGUACUGAGGUUGCAGUCUUUCAAGAUCCUUCGGCACAGGCAAGCUUCUCACUCGAUGUUGAGCUUGAUAUGCAGAGCCACAACCAGAUAAGUGGCCAAGGCCAGAGGCCCAUGCCAGCAGGCACUCGAGCGGAUCUCACCAGGCUGGAGCAAGAGACCUUGCCAGAGUACUACAGUUUUAACAGUACUGUGCUGGCUCAUGGUUCCGCUCAGUGGAAUGAUGUUACUGAGUCGCAUGAGCCAUGUUGCAGUGAUUCUAUGAUGGCCACUAUGGGCAGCGCUGAGGUUUCCACUGUUGAACAUGUAGAACGCUUUCCUGAUUCUGUGUCUUGUGUCAGCAAUUUGUCUGAGUGGACUGGCUUCACAGAGGAUUACCAAGACCUCAGCAAUGAGGAUGAACUGCGAGGUCAACACAAGCUGCUUGUGGAGAGCACCACACAACGUGAGGGAUGUGAUGUUUCUCCUGUGGCCUGUCUCAUGAGCCAGGCAGUGGAUGUCAGCAGUGACUUUAGAGAUAACUUUACAUCUAACCAGGCAACAGAAAUGAGUCAAAGCUUCUUUGCAAGGCCUUGCCGAGAUGUUGCUUCUGGCUCUGAUUCAUUUACUAUUAACCAUGAGCAAGAGACGCAGACAGUUCAAGUGUCUGCUUAUGAGAAAUGCACCAUUACUGAGGUUUACAUGUCUAACUUGGAUGCUGUUUCUGAGAAGUUGAAGCUUUUAAAGGAUACUGAAGCUGGUGGUGAGAGGCAGAAGAGGGCCUGCGCAUGUGAUGCUGUUCAGCGUGCCCAGCGUGCUGAACUGCGUCUGCUGGCUCUGCAGUUCGCCAUGUGCCUGCAGCACUGCUGGAGACGCUACUACACCUCGCCACAGGGCGAAGCUGCACUUCACGGAACCGAAGCACUGCCUGAUGUAAUGGCGCAGACUCUUAAGUGCUUGGAGGAGGAUUACUUUGAGGCAAAGAGGAAGAUUCUGGCAGGGGUUCCUCUAGAGAACCUCAAGCCCUUGUCGGUGGACUCUCAGAAGAUUGCUACAGGAACAUGCUAUUCUCCUGCUUGGAUAUCUGAGGCCUAUUUAGGAGACAUCCUACUUGAGGCUUCAUCCAGAAGCCCCAGUGGUCUUGAACAUGAGGGCGAGUUUGGCCAAGCUGAGGGGAUGAGCACGGGAGGAGCAGAGGGAGGACUACAACAUACCAACAGGACAACACCACCUCAGGAUGAUGCUGGCCCCCAGUUAGAUUAUCAAGAUGGAGGUGGUAUUUCAAAAGAGAUGAACAGCAGUGAGGCUUGGUUUGAUGCAGAGGAGGAACUUGUAUCUUCUGGUCAAAUUUGUAAAGAAGAACAAGAAGCAAGAUGGAGGGAUAAAGGGAAGUUGAAGAUGAAACAAAAAGGUGUGGAGGAUGCAAAUGAAAAGAAAAGCCACACUUCCUUAGUGUACGUCACAGGCCUAUCAAGUAAUGUUACUGAGUGUGAUUUGCUGCUUUGGUUUGAGAGAUAUCAUGCCAAUCAAGUGUGCAUCACCAGUUUCAGCAACAACAGUGUUGCAAUAGUGAGUGUAAGAAGUCCCACAGACGCAGAGGCUGCAGUGAGGGAGGUAAGUGGGCGAUCUGUUCAAGGCCACACACUCCAUGUGGAACAUGUCCAACAGUCCCCAGCAAGUGGUGGGAGACCCAUAAAAGAGUCCUGCAGAGACCAUCCCCCAGCUGCCCAUAAAACACGGUCCACAGGUCAACGGCCGAGCACGCGUGGCUCGCAAAGCAGCAUCCGCUUGUCCGGACCCCUCCACUGCAGUUUGGACAAGCUUACUAACAUACAUGACACACCCACUGCUUUGGGCACUUGCGUGCCACAGCACUAUGCCACCAUGGGCAGCUUUGACACAAUCAUAUCCCGCUUGUCAGAGCGCCACCCAGAGGUGGGCCGGCAGAGGAUUGUUGGCGCCUUGCUGGCGCUCCGAGCUAAGCAUCAGCAUGUCCUCAGCGGCCUGCCCCUGAGACAAAUAGUGGACAUGACCUCUGAGCUUCUGAUGGCCGAGUCCACAACAAAUGUUGACCUUCCCGGGGACUGAAGAGGGAAAUUAUCUAGCUAGGUAACUGUAAGCAUCUCUACUCAUUUAAGUGUGUUUGGUUUUGUACACGGUCCCUGACCAAAUAAACAA